UUCAGGUGAGAAAAACGUUUCUUGAGCGCAUUUUGUCGCUGAUAGACUUGUUAUCGUCAUAAUUCUCAUCGUCACUCUUGACACACCUCAUUUCGCUGCUGGUUUGUUAUGACAGUUUACACGUCAUGCUGUGUCGCGCUAGGAUUUGAUAGACGAGCUAAUGAAAAGAUAUACGAUCGUAAUUGCGAGGUUACAGAGUUCGUGUAGAAUGACGAAGUGUUACGUUAAUAUUCAUUGAGAUUUACCGAGCGACGCACAGCAUGCGCGCUGAGGAUGAGAAUAUGGAGCAAAAUUGCCCGGAGAAGAAGACCAUAAGAUUCCGCGGUACUGGCAAGUCCAAGAGUCACGUUUCGUCUAAUAAUAAACGGGUAGAAAAUGUCGAAUCUCCGCACUGUAGAGAACAGUUAUCGGAGUCGCAUGAUUUGGAAAAGAAACAAGGUGUGUCCUUGAUGCAAUUUUUAAGAACAGAAUUAACAAGAGGCUAUCAGCUGGAACACGAUGAAGAAAGAUUCUCUGCCAGGAGGGAGAAGAUUUAUUCAUUUUUACAAAUACCCAAAGAAGUAGAAGAGUUUAUGGUUUAUGGUUUCCUUCAGUGCGCAGAUUCUUUUCUUUUUGUAUAUACAUUUCUACCAUUGAGAUUUGCAAUGGCUCUAUGGGCAGUGAUUACAAGGCCAUUACAACAUUGUUUAAGGAGUGGAAAGUUUCGUGGUGCAAAAAAUACAGGAAAGUAUUUAAGUCCUGCAGAAGUAUGUGAUUUAUUAAAAGGAGUUGUAGUGGUAGGUUGCUGGGCAGCCACCUGGAAAGUAGAUACCUCCAUGAUGUAUCAUUUAGUUAAAAGUCAAUCGGUUAUAAAAUUGUACAUUUUCUACAAUAUGUUAGAAGUAGGAGAUCGUCUUUUCAGUGCUUUCGGUCAAGAUACUAUAGAUGCUCUGCUUUGGACUGCCACAGAACCACGUUCACGUUCAUCCCGUAGGCAACAUUUAGGUACACUGCCACAUCUCUUAUUCGCUGUUGUCUAUGUGUUAUUGCAUAGUAUACUGGUCUUAUUCCAAGCUACAACUCUGAAUGUGGCAAUCAACAGCAGUAAUAAAGCUCUCCUCACAAUCAUGAUGUCCAAUAAUUUUGUAGAACUAAAGGGUUCGGUCUUCAAGAAAUUCGACAAGAACAACUUAUUCCAAUUAUCUUGCUCGGACGUCAGAGAGAGGUUUCACUUGACUAUGCUACUGCUUGCAGUGAGUUUGCAAACAAUGAAAGAGUAUGCGUGGCAUAGCGAUCGUCUCGCUGUUCUGCUACCCGAUUGCGCGUUGGUUUUGUUCGCCGAAGUCCUCGUCGAUUGGGUGAAACAUGCGUUCAUCACACGUUUCAACGAGUUACGUUCUACUGUCUACCGAGACUACACGGUGAGUCUCGCGUACGAUAUGGCGCAAACUCGUAAGGAGACUGCGUUUUCGGACCCCUCGGAUCUGGUUGCACGACGAAUGGGCUUCAUACCUCUACCGCUGGGCGUUGCUAUGGCACGUGUUCUGUGCACAACUGUGACACCAUCUGCGAGACCGGCGAAUCUGAUACUUUUGCUAUUAGCUUACUUCGUACUGGUAGCUCUUCGCAUAUUGAACAGUAUAAUCAUUCUUGGCAGAGCGUGCGACCUGAUGUCUUCGCGCACGCGUCCUGAGAAGGACACAAACUCGAAACCUCCAUCUCUAACGAAACGCGCCAACAGCGUCGACAUGAAGAAACCAAAUCUCGGCACGGCGAUCUUCUCGAACAGUGCCGUUAGUUUGAAUAAUGUCUGCUUAAAUGAGGCAUUUCUGCAGGAGGAGGAGGCCGCGGCUGCAACAGUGGCGCAGAAAAGCGAAAAGCACGCGUGUAAUGCGAACGAUCUCACGACCGUGACGAAAACUGUGCUAAGGACAGGAAGCGAGCCUCUUCUCCCGCAAUGACGAAACUUAAUAGUACAAUUGAAACGUAAC